GCCAUAUGAAAGCUUCAAGAUGCAGUGGCGUUUUCAGUUCCCAAUGCUUAAUCCACAACAAUGAAUCUAUCCAUAUCCAUGUAGGUUCCAUGAUUUAAUGAUGGUCAAUAAGCCCAAAUUGCCGAAAACAGAAAGACCCAAAAUGCUGUCUCAGAGGUAUUUAUAGAGGGAGGAGUAGGAUUAAGCUUUAACAAAUCUAUAGUGCAGACAGUUCUCACUGUUUAUAGCUUUUCUUUUUUAAACUUUCUGAUAGUUAAGCAGGAAAAGCUGUGAUCCCAAAAAAUGAGUCAAGUUCAUCCUGACUCUCCCUUGUCUCCCAAUGUUUGUAUUGAUCAUAAAUUUUGUUCAACCUCAUCUACUGUCUUCACAGUUUGGAAGAAAUCUCUCUUACUGAAUGGCAAAGGAUUCACUGUGUUUGAUUCGUUGGGGCAUCUGGUUUUCAGAGUGGAUAAUUACGCAUCCAAUGCUAAAAAUGAAGUACUUCUCAUGGAUGAUGCAGGGCAGCUUCUUUUCACAUUGAGGCGCAAGAAAUGGAGUGUUGGGAAAAGAUGGGAAGGUUUCAGAGGAGACCCCAUGGAGUCUGAAAAGCCCGCAUUUAGCAUUAUAAAGUCGCUGGGAUUCUCAAACAAAAUUUCUGCCAAUGUAUUUGCCAAUGGAAGUAGAAAAACCAAGGUUUGCGAUUACCAGAUCGAAGGGUCGUGCAAGUCAUCCUGCACAAUAUUCAGUGCUUCAGGAGAGAUAAUUGCACAGGUUAAACGAAAGGAAGCUAAAUCAGAUGUAAUGCUUGGGAAUGAUAUUCUGAAUCUGGUUGUGGAAGCGGGAGUAGAUCAAGCCUUUGUAAUGGGGCUUCUUAUUAUCUUUAAUCAGAUUAGUUGACUGAUUAGAAUUUUGAGGAGAGAAUGAUGAAUGGGAGAAGCAAGCUGGCUUCUUAUGAUGCUAGCUGUUCUGUCAGAGGGGAAGAACUUGCGCAAUAUGUGCAUUGUAAUUGUAUAUAUAUUCAUUAUUUUUUGUAAGUCAUAAUUAAUUUAUCAAAGCCCUAGUUGGGCGCUCCAUUUUGUGCAUUGGGUGGAGAGUAGCAACAAGUGGCCAAACGUUUUACUCAGUC